UCAUGUGUUUUGCAUUUUUGUAUUAUUUAUGAUAUUUUUUUUGCUAAGCGAUCGUCAAUUCAAGUAAUUUGAUGUCUGUUUUCAAUGGUUAGCAAAAAGUCUUAACAACUGGAAGAAUAAGAAGAAGAAGAUGUCUUAUCCAAACAAAGAACAACGAACCAAAUGUUAUACGGCUAGAGAUGACCUCUGGAAGUGUUUGGACGACAAUGGAGAUAACGCCGGCAGCGGCGCCGGUAAAUGCAGUCAAUUUAGGAAACUCUUUGAGACACAAUGUCCGCCACAAUGGGUCACACACUUUGAUCGCAAACGAGAUUAUCUUAAAUAUAAGGAUAAGAUAGAGAAUGAUGGCUACGAACCGAUAGAUGAAAAAUCACAACAACAACGACAACAAAAAUAAGAGAUCAAAUUAGGUGAUCAUCAAACACACUAUCAUCUUCACCAUCUGGUCGAUGCCAUCG